CCCGUGAUAAUUUGCCAGCUGUGCAAUAAGUUCAUCCGUGAACUUUCCUUGCUACUAAAUAUUCCAUGGUCAACUGAUAGUGGUAUUAUAACAAAGUGGAAGCAACUGGGAACCAUAGCAACUAGGCCACAUAAAAUGACAGAGCAGGGUCAGCGCAGUGUGCAGAAGUCGCCAAAUGUCUACAGAGUCAAUAACUACAGACCUCCAAACUUUGUGUGGCCUUCAGAUUAGCCCAACAACAGUGCAAAGAGAGCUUCAUGGAAUGGAUUUCCAUGUCUGAGCAGCUGCAUCCAAGCCUUACAUCACCAAGUGCAAUGCAAAGUGUCUGAUGCAGUUGUGUAAAGCAUGCCGCCACUGGACUCUAGAGCAGUACUUGCCUGGCUGCAUUGUGCCAAGUGUAAAGUUU